CGGAGGCCACCUGUCCCGCAGGGUACACCUGCCUCUCUCUGCGUGCGGAUCACCAGCUCCAGAGCGCCGGAGUAGGAGGCUGAGUCGGAGGAAGAGAAGACUCAGGCGCGCGGCCGCGAGCGGGCGGGGGCGGGAGACGCAGAGAGGCGGGGCCGACGCGCGCGAGCGGGCUGUGCGCGCCUCCGCCGCCGCGUCACCAGCGUGCGGCACGUGCCCGUGUUUACGUCCCUCGUGGAGCCGCGACGUCAGCGGCCGAAUGGCAACAUUGUGGCGAUACUGAGGCGCAGAGUUUAGGAGACGCGUCCCUCCGUCACGCCGGCUCCUGUGGGUCGGGAAGAAGAGGAGGGGCGGGGAGAUCGGCCCGGGCGAGCGGCGGAGGCUCGCAAGCCGCCGGUCCCGACCACCUACCCGCCUGCGCGGCGCUAGGCAACCCGCGCCUCACCUCCGGAGCGCAGCAGACGCAGCACCGCGGCCUCGCUCGGGGGGCGGCCCGGGCGGGCGCGAGGCGCUGCCGCAGCGCAGGGCUUGUAAACAGAUCCGGCCGCACGUGACCAUGUGAACUACCUGCUCCUGCGACGCGUAUUGUCUUUCCCGCGAGCCGCACCACAAAGGAGCGCGGUGGGUGCGAGUGCGAAGAGACUGGCGAGCGAGCGGGGAGAGCCGGCCGGCGCGCUAAGAUGGCUGAAGGCUCCCGGCGAGGGUGAGCUGGGGGCGCGGUGCAGUCAGCCGGUGAGUCCUCGGGCGGGCAGGGCCGGCGGCGCCUUCCCCGCGGCCUGGCGCCGGAGCCACCAUGUCGUUCGCGCUCGAGGAGACGCUCGAGUCGGACUGGGUGGCCGUGCGGCCCCAUGUGUUCGACGAGCGCGAGAAGCACAAGUUCGUCUUCAUCGUAGCCUGGAACGAGAUUGAGGGCAAGUUUGCCAUAACCUGCCACAACCGGACGGCCCAGAGGCAGAGAAGCGGCACCCGGGAGCAGGCAGGGGCGCGAGGGGGCGCUGAGCCUGGUGCACCCGCGUCCGACGGGACCCGGGGGCCGGGCAGCCCGGCGGGCAAGGGUCGCCCCGAGACCACUGCCUCCGCGACUGUGGGCAGGAGCCCCGGGUCCCGGAGGCGCCCGGCCUGGGCGGAGGGAGGCUCUCCGCGGAGUGCGUGCAGCCUUCGGGAGGACCCACUGUUGCGGAGUUCGGCCGGCAAAGGGGCGGAGAGCCCUCUCCGGAGCCUAGUGCGGGCCAACUCCAGCCCGGUCCGGAGGACAUCUGGAGGCAGGGAUGUGGCGGGGGCUGCGGCUGCGGCAGCCCCGCCGGCGCCCAAGGAGGCGCCGGUGUCGUCGGUGCGGGUAGUGAGCGCCUGCGGGACGGUCACCGAGGAGAUCGAGGUGCUGGAAAUGGUGAGGGAGGACGAGGCGGACCCGGCGGCGCUGGCGCUCUCGGACGCUGAGCAGCCGCAGCCCGCCGCCGAGCUGGAGUCCCCGGCCGAGGAGUGCAGCUGGGCCGGGCUCUUCUCCUUCCAGGAUCUGCGCGCUGUGCACCAGCAGCUGUGCUCCGUGAACUCGCAGCUGGAGCCGUGCCUGCCUGUGUUCCCCGAGGAGCCCUCGGGCAUGUGGACGGUGCUGUUCGGGGGCGCCCCGGAGAUGACCGAGCAGGAGAUAGACACGCUGUGUUACCAGCUACAGGUUUACCUGGGUCACGGCCUGGACACCUGUGGCUGGAAGAUCCUCUCCCAGGUACUCUUCACCGAGACCGAUGACCCGGAGGAGUAUUACGAAAGCCUUAGCGAGCUGCGGCAGAAGGGCUACGAAGAAGUGCUUCAGCGGGCCAGGAAGCGCAUCCAGGAGCUCUUGGAUAAGCACAAGAAUACAGAGAGCAUGGUAGAGCUUCUGGACUUGUAUCAGAUGGAGGAUGAAGCCUACAGCAGCCUUGCAGAAGCCACAACUGAACUCUAUCAGUAUUUACUACAGCCAUUCCGAGACAUGCGAGAACUUGCCAUGCUACGAAGACAGCAGAUCAAGAUUUCUAUAGAGAAUGAUUACCUGGGUCCCCGAAGAAUUGAAAGUCUACAAAAAGAAGAUGCUGACUGGCAGCGGAAAGCUCAUAUGGCUGUGCUGUCCAUUCAAGAUCUUACUGUCAAAUAUUUUGAAAUAACAGCUAAAGCUCAAAAAGCUGUAUAUGAUCGAAUGCGAGCAGAUCAGAAGAAAUUUGGUAAAGCAUCAUGGGCAGCAGCUGCUGAACGUAUGGAAAAACUCCAGUAUGCAGUUUCUAAGGAGACUCUGCAGAUGAUGAGAGCUAAAGAGAUCUGUUUGGAACAGAGGAAACAUGCACUAAAAGAAGAGAUGCAGAGUUUGCAGGGCGGUACAGAAGCCAUCGCUCAGUUGGAUCAAUUAGAAGCUGAUUAUUAUGAUCUGCAACUUCAGUUGUAUGAAGUGCAGUUUGAAAUCUUAAAGUGUGAAGAGUUACUGUUGACAGCACAACUGGAAAGCAUCAAAAGACUUAUAUCGGAAAAGAGAGAUGAAGUGGUAUACUAUGACACUUAUGAAAGCAUGGAGGCCAUGCUGGAGAAGGAAGAGAUGGCAGUGUCUGUGCAUUUACAGAGAGAAGAGCUACAGAAACUUCAGCAGAAAGCACGCCAGCUGGAGGCAAGACGUGGACGGGUUUCAGCCAAGAAAGCAUACCUCAGAAAUAAAAAGGAAAUUUGUAUUGCAAAACACAAUGAAAAAUUCCAACAGCGCCUUCGGAGUGAAGAUGAAUAUAGAACCCACCACACAGUACAACUAAAAAGAGAAAAAUUACAUGAUGAAGAAGAAAGAAAAAGUGCCUGGGUUAGCCAAGAAAGACAGAGAACACUGGAUAGACUUCGAACCUUUAAACAGGUAGUAAAAAGAUACCCAGGCCAGGUCAUACUUAAAUCAACCAGAUUGCGACUGGCUCACGCAAGAAGAAGUGCAGCCAGUCCCGUGUCCUGUGAAGACCAGUGUGACCCUCUGCCAGGAGCGCUACAGGUAGAAGAGAAAAGUGAGGGAGUGGAGGAAGGAAGGGGCAAGCUCGGGUCAUCACAGACAACAGAAGCCCAAAGCCUCACACAGCUUGAAGACAAUUCAUCAGCACAACUUGAAGCUACUUCGUUACCUCCCGGUGGUGUUACCUCUGAACCGCCUCCUGCCGCAUCUCCUCCACUUCUGAGUAAGAUUGACCCUAAACCAGGUUCUGCCACAGCAGAUCCACUCCCCCCACCUCUUCCUCCGGCACCUCCCCCGCCACCUCCUCCUCCCCCACCACCACCGCCUCUGCCUGUCGGUAAGGACGGCGCCCCAGAGACACUGGAGGAAGGUCUGCCUAGAGUGGAGGGGAACGAGAAGAGGAUCCCAGAGUCAGCUAGUGCCCCCUCAGCACACCUCUUCGACAGCAGCCAGCUCGUCAGUGCCAGGAAGAAGCUCAAAAAGACUGCUGAAGGUUUGCAGAGGAAGAGAGUGAGCUCACCCAUGGAUGAGGUGCUAGCUUCCUUGAAGCGUGGUAGUUUUCAUCUGAGAAAGGUUGAACAGCGAACUCUGCCUCCUUUUCCUGAUGAAGAUGAUAAUAAUAUCUUGGCACAAAUAAGGAAGGGGGUAAAAUUGAAGAAGGUACAGAAGGAAGUCUUGAGAGAAUCCUUCACGCUUCUGCCCGACACGGACCCUCUAACACGGAGCAUCCAUGAAGCUCUUAGAAGAAUCAAAGAAGCAUCCCCUGAGUCAGAGGAUGACGAGGAGGCUUUGCCUUGCACAGACUGGGAAAACUAACAAGUGACUCAACAGAAUGAAAAAAAUACCUACAGUUGAACAUCGGCUCUUACAAAAUUGUAAACAUGUGGUCCCACAAUUGGAUUCCAUUAGAUCCAAAGUGUAUUGGCUCAGUGGUGUGAAAAAGGAAGCACAAUUGGCAAGUUACCACUUUUCCAGUCAUUCCAACAGAUGGUGGUUAACAUGAGUUUUAGAUGUGCAAUGUUCCUGACUGCAACGGAGAAAAGGCCUUGUGAAGAUUCCUGUUUUUUAAGCACCUUCCCCACCUGUCUACCCAUUUACAUCCUUGUAGUGGCCAGUAAAGCUAGGAGUCGCUAUGAGUUGGAAGAACACUGGGUUGACAGGUCUACUGUGAGCUGCGUUGAGAUUGCUUUGAAAUCCAUCGUUCAGUGCACUGAAUAGUCAUCUGCCCAAAAUACAGAGCUUCUUCCAUAUCAGCUUAAAUAGUGUGACAUUCUGAAAAAGAAGUUAAUCAUGAUAGCUAUAGGGCAGGAAUUGGAAGAAAUCAGAUGGAAAUGCACUGAUAAUUCCCACAUUACUCGUCUACAAAGGAAUUUUCAUAAAGAUGUUCCACAACAUCUGAAAAGAUACAUAACCAUGGAGAUACACCUAUAAAUGUGUUUACCACAACGUGAUACAUUUAACAUGACCUAUUUUUAGAAGCCCACACACUUACAAUUUGUAAGGUUUCAGAGUAAAAAUUUCCAUGCUUUUAAAUAGCCCUUCAUAACUGUGAAUUUAUAAUAGUUUGAAUUUUAUGUGCAGCAUUGUUUAUGAGAAGCAAUACUUUGUAAUUUGAUAUUUCAAAUUAUUUUUAGUCUUUUUGGUUGAACUAUUGCUUGAUUACUAUAACUCAACAUGACUUUCCUAUUGAGAAUCAAAAAUCAGGAUUCAAUAGUAGGGAUGCAGAUCUUAAGUCUUUUUUAACAUGCACCAUUUGUUUUUAUUUUUAUGCUCCACAAUGGGAAAAAAAAACGUGCUCUACAAAUGUACAGAAAGUAGAUGGGCAGAAAAGCCUCUUUGGCAUUUCGCUAUCUUCACAUGCUUGGAGUUGAAUUUUGGGAGAGAGGCUUUGUUAUCGUCACUAAAUUCUUAAACAUAUGUAUGUAGCUCUAGGUGCUGAUUUUGCUGUAAUGGAGUCCUGAAGAAUGCGUGGAGCCGAUAGAAUUCUCAGCAGGACUGUGUGGGCUUGAAUGAAGGUAGAUAUGUUGGACCCAGUUUACAGUACUCUGUAGAGUGUAAUUCUGUGUAAGACAGGUCUUGGCCAUUAUAUGAAUGGCUGACAUACCAAAAUGAACUUUCUUUCUUAUGAGGCAAUUCUCUGGCCUAGACCCAGAAAGCAGUCCUGAAGUAAAAGCCCUCAAAUGUAUCUGAAUUAGUGAUCCUGAAGGACAAAAAUGCUCACACCUUUGUUACUUGAAAAUGUUAUUUCCUUUAAAAUAAUUAUGGAGAAAAUUUUCUGGCAACAGGUUAUAUAAAACAAAAUCUUAAAUAUUGACUAUGUUUAUUGAUGAGAAUAUGAGCAUUUUCACAAUAUAUUGGCUUUAUUCUAGCAUCAUUCUUACACCUUGUCUGAGAAUAUUAGAAAUACAGAUCUAAUAUAAAAUUAAUCUCAAUCCCCUGAUUACAGUGGGGAUGGGUUGUAGAUUUUUGUAACACACCUUCAGCAACGCAUUGAAACAUGCCUUUUAACCUAAAGAAUGAUUGAUUUGAUUGAUAUAUUUGAAAAAAAUUUUUAAAGCAAAUUUGCAAAUCUUAAAUCAUGUAUCUAUUUUAUGCCUUUGGAUGCUUGUUCAUAACAGUUUUUUCAGUUUUGUUUCAUUUAUUGACAUUUAGAAAAAUACAGGAGGAUCUUAUGUCAUUAUUGACAGCAGAAGCACUGGAACCUUAAUAUGUCUAGAGGAAAUUGCUACCCACUUAGUGUUAUAGCUGGGAUUCCAUUAAGAGACAAUGCUCACUUUUAAAAGGGUCCUAUAAUCUGUUUUCCUGAGCCAUGUUGUAAUAAGUCUCUAGCAAAGAAAGCAGGGUGUUCAGAUCUGCACGAAUCCUUCAGGAGUGUAUCCACAGCUAGAAGCAUACCCCACCACAGCACUCCUUGAAGGUUGUCCUCACACUUGUAGAGCCUCAUUAGCAACCCCUGUGCUCAUUCUCUGGUAGCAACUUUCUCUCCAACACAUCCACUUCCCUUCCUCUGGAUUCAGGUUCCUCCUUCCACAAAAUUACAUGUUAUGAUAGGUCAUCAACCUUUGGAGUUCUCACAAACAUUAGAAUUUCAGAUAACUACAGUCCAUGUGUCCAGUUGAAUCCACAUGUCAAUUAAAAAGCAGUUUUAGAGCCCAACAAAAAUUAUACAAGCAUGGUUUCCUUCUUAUCCUUGCCCCUAAUAAAAUGAGCAUCUUUGUCCUUAGUAUAAAAUUUGUAUAUACUGUUAUGAUGGUACUUAUAUAUGAUCAUGUUUCCAGUUCCAAAUUUGCCUGUACUACUUAUAUGGUUUAAAAUACUUGACAGUUAUUAUUUCUGUUAAUGUAUCAUUUCUGUAUCAAGAAUCUACAAACAGCUGCUUGCUUAUGCUGAAUCAAUUUAGCAGUUAAUUUACCAAUCUAGUCUCAACUGCAGUAUACUUAAAAUAGGGAAACAAGUAGAUGAUGACUUGGAUGUUUGGUGGUUAAUGUUACUGCUCACUUGAAUGUCAAUUUUGAAUAUUUCUUCUACUAAUACAACUAAAAUUAUGUAUAUAUAAUCAAUGUGGCCUGUAUAGAAAAGGUAUUCCUAAUGAUUUAAAAUCCUGGUGGUACUGUAGGGUAGCAGUAUGAGGAAGAAAUACCUGGCUAAAGAGGAAUUUUAAAAGAUGAGAAUUGCUCACUUCGUGUAUAUUUUAUAGGUUUAUUGAGUUUGUGAGCAGUAUAAAAACAAUCAUUCUUUAGUUCUUCAUUGUGGAACUGAAACAUUUCUAUAAAAUGCACAGCUGUAACAGUUCAUCAGGUGUAGUAUUUCCACAGUGAGGAUAUGGGGGCUUUUCUCAUUAUGCGGACCCACAGAAUAUUUUCUACUCUAUAUCAUGGGGGUGGGGGAGCCUUGUUUCUACAAAGCUGAACUAUGUAGCAAUAUUUGUUAACAUGUGGCAUGACGUCUCUAUGUCAUAAAAUGUGAUGUGUUAGAUACUUUGGCCAUAGCAGACACUAAGAAUUAAAACUCUUGUAUCAGUGGGACAAAAAUCAAUGGGCAGUACCCUCUCUGUUUGGAAUGGGACCAGUAUACAAUUAAUACAAUUUAAAUUUAUACAUUCCUUAAGACUCCAUUUUUAAAUUGCGUUCAUUGCGUGUGUGCAUAAGGAAAGCUUUUCUUUCACUAAAUACAAGCUUGUUUUUUUAACCUUUAUAAUUUAAUUAUUAUGUACGUAACAUCAGAUACCAACCUGUAAAUUGCUAAUGGGUCCCUAAAGGCCUUAUCAGGGAGUUGAAAUUUCAUAUACUUAUACCAGGUUAUUUGUAAAAAGUCUUUUUGAACAGCUGUAAAACAUUUAAAAACUGUGGCAGAUGCAUUGUUAACAUGCAUCCAUUUGAUAGUGAAAGCAGAAACCUGAACAAGUUUUACCUAAUUCUUGCACUGAAUUUAAAUAAUAUAAAAUGUGCAUUUUAAAUAGAUUUUAUUUCCCAUUUAUUGCUUAGCAUAGAAGAACAACUAUGCUUAGAGGAUUGACCACAAGAUUGAUUUUUAGAUGGAAGAGAGGUAAGAAAGUAGAAGCACCUUACUAUUGGAGCAUGUUGCAUUCAUUUAGUGCUACUGAACAAUUCAGUAGUUAGUUCUGAACUUUGCUGCAAAGUGCUCUUUAUUUAAAGCACAUUAAAGUCUCUGCUUAAUUGCUUUGUAAAAUGAAGCAGUGGUAUUUUUUAUCCUAUAAAUAUAGUCUAAUUUAAAAGUUUUUCCUACAAAAUUAGUUUAUAUUGCUGCCUAAACUAUCAUCUAUGUAAAGGAUUUUUAAAGGCAAGAGGGAGUCUGGAUUCCGUGUGUGUGUGUGUGUGUGUGUGUGUGUGUGUGUGUCUGUCUGUUGUAAAUGUUUGCCCAUUGAAAUAUUUCAAAGAUAUGUUCAUUCUAAAAUUUUCUGUUUUACCCACAGUAAAUGUACAGCUUGGUAUUUGAGGGACUUAAUUGAUGGAAAUCCAAAUUCAUGUGUCUCUCCCCUUCUCCAAACACAUUUAUUAUGCCACUGUAAGGUGCAUGUACAGAAAAUACUUCUGAGGCUGAUAUAUUAAAUAUUUUAUCAAUGUUAUCUUAUACUGAAUCUCAAAGCAGUCAUUUGUUUUGAGGAUUAAGAGAAAGUUUUGGGUUUUUUGGUCAGGUAUGACUAAGAGAGGCUCCAAUUGGUGAGUUAAGGAAAGUCUGUGGUAAGUGAUUUGAGAUGUAUACUAAAGGUGUGGGUGUUGGUUAAAAAGUUCAAUUUUAACAAGGGAAUUUUUUUUUUUAAUUUGCAUGUUCUGUGGUUAACUAUCAAAGAGUGCAACAGGUUAUUCCAGCUUUUCCCAGUACUAAUUAUAUUGGUUUUAAGAAUUCUUCAUAAUCACAAGAUGACAUUUUCCCUUCAUUUGUGACCAAAGAAGGGUGCACAGUACAACCCAUGCAAGUGACUUCUGACUUUUUCGACUUGGACAGAAUCCCCACUGUUCCAUUGAAUUUCUUAUUGUACUAUAUGUCUUGCAAAGUGUGAAACCAUAAUGUAUAAUUUAUGAAAAAUCGAAGGCUACAGAUCCUUUUGCAUGAAUAAAAGCCCAUUAGGGCGAAUGAAACUGGUAUGUUCUUUUAGCCUUUCUGGUUAAAUGAAAAUUUUAAUGGCAAACCAACUCACCACUUACUAGCUUUGUGCAAUAUUAAGCAAAACACUAGCACACUGUGCUUGGCUUUUCAGGAUGGCUUUAACACCAUUACACUAAAUGGACAGUGUGCAGAAUAUAAGUGACAACUCCUGCAAAUUUUACAGUACUUAAAUAUGCUCAGUUAACAUUCUAAAAAGUAUUAAAAGUACAAAGAAAAAAAACUAAGCAAGCAUUUAGAGCAAUACUAUGAACUCUCCAAUAAUGGUUUUGACUGUUGCCUUUUGCUCUUUAGUGCAACUUUCUGCAUUGUAAUUAUUGUAUCGCUUUGUAUUUCAUGUUUUUUACACUCACGACUUCAAAGUACUUGUACACUAAGUAUUGCAAUCACCUUUCUCUUCUUGUACAUGCAAUAUAACAACAUACAGUUUUGGUGCUUAACAAUAUUCCUUUUUUCUUUAAUAAAAGAUAUUUAUUGAGUUAA